AUGGGAAUUGCAAGAUCAAUCCUGCGGUCCUUCUCCACUCCCAACGGACUUGCUCUCCAUAGGAAACGCGCACAUCCAGUUCAAUUUAAUUCAGAGAUUUCCACCACGCGCGUGAAAGCAAGGUGGUCCGAUGAAGAAACGCGUCUUCUUGCCCUCUCAGAAAUAGGUCUCUCUUCCUCUACUUGCAACAUCAACGAAGUCCUGCGAAAUCGUUUUCCCGGCCGGACUCUCGAGGCUAUUAAAGGUAAAAGGAAACAGAGACACUAUACAGACCUACUUAAUCAACUCCUACAUGGAGCCUCUGAUUCCUCGGUACCUGCCGAAACAACGACAGCUUUAGAGGAAGUAGUUCCCAUUCACGAGUCACAUCCCUCUGAAAAUGUCGCUGCCACUGCUAAUGUCACAGCGGCCCCCGUGUCUCCUCUCCCUAAUCUCACGCUCUUUCCUGAUCACCUCCUUGCCCUCUCUCAACAGGAGGAUGUCCUCCCUGAUCUCCAGCAACUCAUCCUACAAUGUCUUGCCUCUCCCUCCCAAGCCUUGGAGCAUCUGGAGACCUUCUUACCCCUAACCUUUCCGUCCACACAUCGAAAGGUUAACUGUCCCAAAACGGGACUUAUCCAUUCUGCUCGCCGCCGUCACCACCGAAUUAAAGAAUAUGCCAAAGUACAAAAUAUGUACAAAAAAGAUCGGACUAAAGCAGCGCAUUAUAUACUUGAUGGUGAGAAUAGCUCUACUGCCACUCCAUCUAAGGAGGACAUUAAUGCAACAUUCGGGGAGCUUUUUUCCUCCUCGUCCCCUCCUGACACAAUCUAUUGCAUCCCCAUUAAUCCUCCGUGUACCAUAUUUUAUUCUAUAACAGUUAAAGAAAUCUCCAAAGCUCUUCAAGCUAGUCCUAAAUCAGCUCCAGGCCCUGAUGGCCUUACGAUCUCCGACAUCAAGGGCAAAAAUAAGAUCUAUCUAGCAGUUCUCUUCAACAUCUGCUUGUGGAGCCGAGACUUACCCAAAUCCCUUAAAAUCUCUAAAACCAUCUUAAUCCCUAAAUCUGGGUACCUAAACUUGGCCAGUAACUGGAGACCUAUCACUAUCAGCUCAGUUCUCCUUAGGCUCCUUCACAAGAUCUUGGCACUUCGACUCAAUCUGGUCACCCAUCUCUCCCCUGCCCAGAGAGCCUUCCUUCCACUGACAGUUGCCCCCUUAAAACGCAACAAAAAAAUUUAUAUUCUUCGUAUAUAUGCAAUCCCCAGACUCCUUCAUGCACUAACACUAGGGAGAUACUCCAUCGGUUGGUUGAAAACAAUCGACUGCAAAAUCAGAGGUUUCGUAAAAUCUACUCUGAGACUUCCAUCAUCAACAUCGAAUGCUUCGCUAUACGCCUCGAUUAAAGACGGUGGCUUCUCUAUACCAUGCCUGACACAGUCUAUUCCAAGGGUAACACUCAUGCGCCUUUCUACCAUCAAUGAUCAGGGAGAUAGAGAUUGUAUGGCUUUUGCCACAUCUCCCAGAUAUUUCAGCAAUCGUAAGAAAUGUCUGAAAUUUUUGGGCUCAACAGCCACGAAAUAUGAACAAAAGAAAUUUUGGAGAGACUCCCUCUACUCCUCAGUUAAUGGCCGAGGAUUAGACCAAGUGCAAGACUCUCCUGGAAAUUCUUGGUUUGGUCAGGGAACACGAUUUACAAGCGGCAGAGUAUUUAUUAAUCUCUGCCGCUUACGCACCAACUCCCUCAUGUGCCGAGAAUUCAAUACCCGAGGAAGACGUAAUGGUCAUCGUUUAUGCAGAGCUAAUUGCCAAAAAGUUGAAUCUCUAUCUCAUAUUAUGCAAGGUUGCCCUGCAACUCAUUGGUUUAGAGUAACUACGCAUAACCGUCUCCUGUCAAUGGUUGCCGAUAAGUUCUCGUCAAUUGGCUACAAUGUGACAGUAGAGCCACGAAUUACCAUCAAUGGAGAACUUCGGAAACCUGACAUAAUCUUAACUAUAGAUCGGGAACUGACAAUAUGUGAUUUAACAGUUGGCUGGGAAACAUCGCAGUCCCUAGAUGAUAGACACAUUGCGAAAAUGGAUUAUUAUGGGACACAGGCCAUGAGAAACCACCUAAAAGAGAAGUGGCCCAACCACAGCAUCAAUUUCCAAGCAAUUGCCCUCAGCUGUCGUGGUGGCAUUGCCCCAUUGAGUCAUACAUUUCUGCAGACAUGCCAUUGGACAUCCAGAGAUAUAAGCCUCUUAUGCCUUAGAUGCAUUGAAAAGUUACUGAAUAUCUAUUGGGGUUUUUUCGCAGCUACAUCUCGUAUUGGGGAAAGGGCCCUAAUUUAG